AUACACAGGAAGUUGAGGCGUAUAUUUUCUGUAGAAGCUAGCCGGUUAACUAGCAGAAGUCGCAAAUCACUAUUGUUUAAAAUAUUGUCUAAUUAUUUAUUUUGUUUAAUUUAUACGAGUUGAAAUACAGCUCCCAGUAUGUUGAUUAAAGUUAAGACACUCACAGGAAAAGAAAUAGAAAUUGACAUCGAGCCCACUGACAAGGUGGAGAGAAUCAAAGAGAGGGUGGAAGAAAAAGAGGGUAUUCCACCCCAACAGCAAAGACUCAUUUAUAGUGGAAAACAAAUGAAUGAUGAAAAAACAGCUGCCGACUACAAGAUCCAGGGAGGAUCUGUACUGCAUUUAGUUCUGGCUCUCCGAGGAGGGGAAGUCCUGUACUAUACCAGCUAUUGUCUCAUGUCUUUCUUUUAAUCUUUGUGCUAGACAUGUAAAUAGUACAUUUCUGUUUUCAUGUCCAUCACAAAAGCAGCACACUUGCCACAGUGCUCUGGUGCUAAACGCCACAAGUGGAGUCGCUGUCUAAAUUGUAUUAUUUGCCAUUAUAGCUGCUUGGUUAUGCCUGUUUGAGUGAAAAUCAUGCAGGCACAUAUGAAAACUGUUUACAACGUUUAUACGACAGUAUACAUUUGUUCACUGGAAGAAAGGACUUUUUACUUCCGUUUAAACACAUACUGUCCCCGUCACUUGAACUGCACAUAAAAAAAUCUUUGUGUUUGUUUCAAGUUUAUUUUAAAAAAAUGGAGUGGGAUAAAAUGUCAGUCUACCUAAUGUCCUCUUCAUCUAUUUCUUGAAUAUACAUCAUGCCAUGUUAUUUCCUUAGAGACUCUGUUGAUAUGUAAUGUCAUCCUUCUUUUCAUGGCUUGAAUGCAAUACAUCAUAUGACAUA